UUUAUUAUGACCCUGUACAUUAAAAGUAACCAAAAACAAGAACGGCAUUUGCACAUGCUGAUUGCAGUCGAUUUGAUUCAAAAUUCAUUUCAUUGAUCAUCAGUUUUGACAAAAUGAUUAAUAAUGACUCCGACGAUGAUGUGCCUCAGUUAUCGGCCGAAACUUUUCUUGCAUUGCAAGAGUUUUAUAAUGAAGAAGAACAACGUAGUGCUAUCCAAUUAGAAGUAUCUCAAAUUGCCAAAAGUGAUGCAGAUAUUGAUAUGAGUGAAGAUUGGCAAUUAAGUCAAUUUUGGUAUGAUUCAGCAACAAUUCAAACACUUGUAAAGAUUGCUUUGGAAAGUGUUGGGCCAUCUGGUAAUAUUGCAUUGUUAUCAUGCCCAUCACUUUACAAGAAAAUGAAAUUAAAUAGCACUGAAAACCAUAUAAUUCAUCUCUAUGAAUUUGACAAAAGGUUUGCCAUACAUGGAGAAGAUUUUACAUUUUAUGAUUAUAAAGCACCUUUAAGUAUCCCUUCAAAUAGGAAGGAAUAUUAUGAUUUAGUUAUUGCUGAUCCUCCAUUUUUAUCAGAUGAAUGCUUAAUAAAAACUGCAGCAACUAUAAAAUUAUUAGCCAAGAAUAAAAUAAUAUUAUGUACUGGUGCAGUAAUGGGUGAAAUGGCUCAUAGACUUUUAUCAUUAGAAAAAACAAAUUUUAAUCCAGGGCAUAAAAAUAAUUUAGCAAAUGAUUUCCAUUGCUAUGCUAAUUUCAACAUAAGUACUUGGUUAUAGUAGUAUUUUGUAUUAAAUACAUUUAAACAAUCAUUCUCAUCAGAAUUAUUAAUCCCAUACUGAACGUCAAUGAAUUUUGAUGUACAGCAAAAAUGAAAGACAGUCUUAUAUCCAGUGAGAUCAAUUUGACAAAUAAAUAAAUAUACUAUA